UUUUAUUAAAAAAAAGAAUACAACCGAAUAUGAAUAUUCUGUAUUUGAAACGGUAUCAGAAAAAAGUAAUUGGGAUAAAGUUAGUGCGACAAGAAAUAAUAGAGGUAUUCAAAAAGAAUUGAGUACUUUGUCACAUGAAUCUGAUAACACAAAUAAUUCUGAUAGUGUUUUUGACAUACCUCUUUCUAAAUCCUCAUCGAUUUGUGAAUUAGAUAAUACUUAUAAGAAUUCAAAAAAUAAAGUUACUGAAAGUUUAGAGAGUUUUGAAGAUGAAGUUAUUGUACUUAAUAAUAGUUUAAAAAACAAUAUAAUUAAUAGUAGUUUUGAAACUACUAAUAAAAGUGAUAUAUUUAAUUAUAAUUUACUGCAACCAACAUUUGUACAAUUUGGUCAAAAUUUAAGUGUCAAUCAAAUUGAAUAUUUUCUUGAAUUUCAAGAAUAUUCAAAAACUUUACCGACUGGAGUUGCUAGUAUAUAUAAUGUUUUUGAAUGGGAUUCUAAUAAAGCUAAACAAGUAUUUGAAAUUGCCAAUAUUCAAUAUUCUUAUGGAAAUCCUAGAAAUAUGCAACAAAUACAAAAAUAUCUAUUUUUAGAAAGUAUAAAAAUAUGUGAAUUUAGUUUACCAGAACUUAAUAUUGAAUAUACAUUUGUUGAUUUUGAAAAUCAACUAUACAAAAAAAUUUUUGAUGUGAAUGAAUCUUCAGCUUAUACAGAUCAAGAUAAAGUUAUUAAUAAAUGCUUUACAGUUCUUCCAAAUUCUUCUAUAACAAAUUAUUACUGUAAGUAA